AAUCAUUUCCGGACUCUGGAGUACUACAAUUAGAAACACUUUGCCGCCCGCCUUUCUUCUUAUUUUCCUGGGGCGCAACUACUCGCACUAUCCCGGCUCUAUGAAAUUCUUGGUCUGUUGAAUGUGUUAUGUGUGCUUUUUCUGAAACAAGGGUCUGUAAACUCUACCGCUGUCAUCCUUCUAGCGGAGUGGUUCCUGGAUCGGAAGAGUUUUCCUUCUCUAAUGCUAAUACCUCAGCGAAAUAGAUUUUUUUGGAAUCCUGGUGCCGUGGUCGCUGCCGCCCAAACAGUUCCCGAGGCCAGAUUAGUCACCUGAGCUUUUUGGAUCUUUUAUCGAACAAUUUGUCUGCACAAUCAAAGCCUUCUUCUUCUAGGUUACUGGACGAAGGAUUUCUUCAUCUUUUGCUCCAGUCCAACUUCUAUACUUAAAGCAAGUUCAUGAUUCAAAACAACUACUUAGGAUAACAACGGAGAAUGUUGAUAAAAGAGAAUACGAAUGUUGAUGCUACAAAGCAUACAUUGGGACAAACUGGGUGCAAGAGUUGGGGCAGGAGUGUGGUUGAUUAUCUAUUAUUUAUGGUUAUUGAUAUAGUGAUUUAUAGGAAGGCUUCCCUUGCUUAUGGUUCUUUGUCAACAAUGUUAGGAGACCAGUCCAUUUUCUUUGAAAACAGGUUGUUUAUUCUCAUGACACAACACGGUAUAGAGUAUGAAAAAUUCUAUGAGAAGCUUUACGCGCUUCUGGAUCUCAGUUUUUGUUGCGAAGCAUCGGGCAAAGUUCUUUCAGGUUACAGGAAAUUCCCUGUUAUCUCAUAUUUAUUGUUUGUUGUGUGUGACGUCAAGUGUUGAUUUUUCAGAUAUAUAAGGUGGUUAUGAACUUGGGAAAGGUUGUGGUUUUAUAGCUUUGCAGUAUUUGUUUAUAAACAGGUUAAAUCUGAUUGAAUAAACAGGUUCAUCUAUUUUACUUAUUGUAUAGAAAGGUGAUAUUUUUUUUGAGUUUUUAUAUGUAUGCUCUUCAGUUGAUAUCUUCAUCUUUUGUUGAGUGUAACUGCAGGAGCAACAUUUUUAGGACUGCAUCUGGACCGUAGCAUUAUAGAAGAAACACAAGAAGAAUCAGCAUUAUAAAGAGAGAAUUGGCAUAUUACCCUUGGCGUUUUUUUUAAGUAUUUAAGGAUGAGAAGUUGGAGCAGAUCUGUCCCGUUACUAUAUUUGUGAUUCAGCAUUCAGUUUCUCAUUUAGCUAAUGAUACAAUUGUAAUUAUAGAGUUACAUAUUUUAUUUGUCUAGAUGAUUAUUCUAUUGUAUCAACUUACAAUAAAUCAAUAAUUGUUAUAUGUAAAAAAUAUUUGUUGUUCGUUCAAAUUUAUCGGAAGAUUAG